AUGUCCGUAAAACUAUUCGUCGGUGGUCUAUCAUGGACAACCGAUGACCGAGCACUCCGUCAAAAAUUCGAAGAACACGGAAACGUCCUAGACGCAGUGGUGAUACGUGAUCGUGAAACGGGACGUAGUCGCGGUUUCGGAUUCGUGACGUUCUCGAAUAGUAGUGAAGCACAGUCGGCAAUUAGGAGUUUAAAUGAUACAGAGUUUAACGGACGUACGAUUAAAGUUGAUCCUUCUAGCUUUGCGUAUGGAAGUGCUGUGGGUGGUGGUUUAUAUUAUGGAUACGGUGGAAGUUUUGAUGGUAGUACUGGCGGUGGUGAUAAUGGUAAUAAUGAUACUAGUGGUAAGGGUGGUGGCGAUGUGUAUGGUGGAUUUCGAUAUGGAGAAAAUUGA